AAUACCACUAACCGAUUGGAUGAAUUCAAAUAAACCAAUUAUCCAAUCAAAUGAAGGGCAAAAACAGAAUAAUAAAAAUUCACUGUGAAUCAGAUUGUAUUUCAUUCCCUAUGCUAAUCAUCAAUUUGUAUUAUUACAAAGGAAAUGUUUACAUAAGUAAAUAAUAUAACUGAUUACAUGAAUAAACUGCUUCCAUUAUUUAAAAAAAUAACUUAUGCUUACAUAACACAAUUACAGAGAUUAUUGAAAUGACAGAGGUUAUGAUUAAAAAUCCCACUGUAAAGUUUCAUAAACUUAACUACAUUAUAAUAUUAACACUUACUGUUAGCAUCACCUUACCUACAGUCUUUAGUGAUCAAGGUGUUAAUUGGGAUAUAACGUAUCUAUUAAAUCGUCGUUAUGAUAUAGCACGUGCUGAUGAAGAAUUCCCUAUCAAAAUUCAACCACCUUCAGGUGAUCUUUUAUAUAGUGUACCAGCAUUACGUUUAUUUCCACAAUCAAAAUUACCAAAUGAAACAUUUUUUAUUCAUUUAAUAUUCAAACCAAAUAAAACAGCUAUUCAACAUGGAUUAUAUUUAUUCAGUAUACGUGAUCCAGAUAAUGUAUUAAGACUUGGAUUAAAAAUAGUUGAAUACACUACCUAUCAGAUAAUUUUUACUUAUAAUCCACUAUCAUUUAAUGGUAAUUCAAAAGAAGUGGAAUUCUCCAUUCCAUGGAAUGAUGAUUAUUGGCAUUUGGGAAUAUUAAUUAAACCCGAUCAAAUUGACUUCUAUACAUCAUGUGAAGAAACUCAAAGGAUCGCUUAUCAUUUCUAUCCAGUUCAAGGUUUACUAGGUGAACCAUUAUUCCGUAAAGGUGCAACAUUUUAUGCACUUAAUAGUGGCUUAAAGAAUGCAUCUGAAUAUUUUGAGGGUUAUUUAAAAGCUUUCAGUUUUCAUUCAGAUGAAAAUGCUCUCCGAUAUAUGUGUACCAAAUCGGAAAAUUAUGAAGGAAGUGGUGAUGCAGAUCGUUUUAAAUAUGAUCCCGAAUUCGGAAAUAUAUUAAUUACUAGCUCAAUACAAGACGAUGAAGAGAAGGAGAUUACAAUAAACAAUGAAGAUUAUGAAAGUGGAAAACAAGAGAAUAAAGAGGAAAUUACAACAGAAACAGACAGCAAAGAAAUGGUAACGACCGAGAAAACUGACAUAAAACUGAGAACGCAAUAUAAAUAUAGAUAUAUAAUGAAAGACCCAGGAACAGGAGGUCUAGUCGACAUACAAGAUAUGAAGGAAAAUGUCGUUAUAAACGGAGCUAUAAAACUAACAGAUGAAUUAGCAAUUCUACCAAACGGAGAUAUUGUAGCAACGAAGCCGCUCAUUGAAAACCAAAGUUUCAUCAUAGCUGAAAAUAUAAGUAAAAUAAGUGACAGAAAGGUUUAUGGAACCUACAGCGGAGAAAUGAUUAAAGGAGCAGAAGCAGAUGACAAAGGAAUAAUAUAUUUACCCAAUUCGACACAUGUUAUAAGAGUUUCACUAGACAAGGAUCGAUAUGUCAUAUUGAAAAACAACAAAACACAGAGAGAAUUAAUAUUCGACCGUCGUCUCGGAACAGAACUAGUAAAUGCCACGCUCCACCAUAAUGGAAUGAUCAAAUUAGCCACUGGACAGCUCGUAGCUCCCUCCUCUCGAGAAGGCUAUAAAUACAUGGUAGUCACAAAUGAAGACGACCAAACCCUUCUAGUUUACGAUCGUUUUACAGGAGAACAGAUCAAGGGUGCACAGGUUGAUCCCAAUGGUUUGAUUCAGUUUGAAGAUGGACGCAUGGCCAUCGAGCCAUCAUCCAAACUAGAUAGAUAUGUUAUAAUGACAGACCCAAACAACGGUGAAAAACUAGUUUUCGACAGACGAACAGGUAGUCAUAUCAAGGAUGCUGUGUACAGUGAAGAUGGGUUGAUUCGCUUUCCAGACGGUAGGCGCGUUGCACCAGGUUCCACUGAUAACAGCUCACAGUAUCUAAUUCACUUCGACCCUACAACGAAGGGGAACUUGGUUUUUGACAGACACACUGGUGAACAAGUCGAGGGUGCCUCAGUAGACUCACGAGGUUUCAUACUUCUUCCCGAUGGUAAAUUGCAUCUAGAUCAGAACCAAGUAAAGCAUAGGUACAUUAUCCUACAAGAGACAACCGAUAAUACCACAUUCGUAGUCGACACUAAAUCAGGCCAGAAAAUUGAUGGAGCAGUUGUUUUGGACAAUGGUCUCGUCAAGUUACCCGAUGGAAAUCUGGUUGCACCCAGCUCAAACACAAGCGCAAAUUACAUGGUGGUCGGAUUGACUGAGGGCGAAGAGAAUCCAGUAGUAUUCGAUCGCAGGACAGGUGAGCAAAUCCCAGAUGCUUACCUAGACAAGGAUGGUAUCAUACAUUUGCCGGAUGGAAGUUUGGCUAUCUCGGCAUCAGAAACUAUGGAUCGCUACCUUGUGGCACAAGAUAACCUGACAGGAGACCCUGUGAUGUUUGAUCGUCGCCUCGGAACAGAACUAGUAAAUGCCACGCUCCACCAUAAUGGAAUGAUCAAAUUAGCCACUGGACAGCUCGUAGCUCCCUCCUCUCGAGAAGGCUAUAAAUACAUGGUAGUCACAAAUGAAGACGACCAAACCCUUCUAGUUUACGAUCGUUUUACAGGAGAACAGAUCAAGGGUGCACAGGUUGAUCCCAAUGGUUUGAUUCAGUUUGAAGAUGGACGCAUGGCCAUCGAGCCAUCAUCCAAACUAGAUAGAUAUGUUAUAAUGACAGACCCAAACAACGGUGAAAAACUAGUUUUCGACAGACGAACAGGUAGUCAUAUCAAGGAUGCUGUGUACAGUGAAGAUGGGUUGAUUCGCUUUCCAGACGGUAGGCGCGUUGCACCAGGUUCCACUGAUAACAGCUCACAGUAUCUAAUUCACUUCGACCCUACAACGAAGGGGAACUUGGUUUUUGACAGACACACUGGUGAACAAGUCGAGGGUGCCUCAGUAGACUCACGAGGUUUCAUACUUCUUCCCGAUGGUAAAUUGCAUCUAGAUCAGAACCAAGUAAAGCAUAGGUACAUUAUCCUACAAGAGACAACCGAUAAUACCACAUUCGUAGUCGACACUAAAUCAGGCCAGAAAAUUGAUGGAGCAGUUGUUUUGGACAAUGGUCUCGUCAAGUUACCCGAUGGAAAUCUGGUUGCACCCAGCUCAAACACAAGCGCAAAUUACAUGGUGGUCGGAUUGACUGAGGGCGAAGAGAAUCCAGUAGUAUUCGAUCGCAGGACAGGUGAGCAAAUCCCAGAUGCUUACCUAGACAAGGAUGGUAUCAUACAUUUGCCGGAUGGAAGUUUGGCUAUCUCGGCAUCAGAAACUAUGGAUCGCUACCUUGUGGCACAAGAUAACCUGACAGGAGACCCUGUGAUGUUUGAUCGUCGCCUCGGAACAGAACUAGUAAAUGCCACGCUCCACCAUAAUGGAAUGAUCAAAUUAGCCACUGGACAGCUCGUAGCUCCCUCCUCUCGAGAAGGCUAUAAAUACAUGGUAGUCACAAAUGAAGACGACCAAACCCUUCUAGUUUACGAUCGUUUUACAGGAGAACAGAUCAAGGGUGCACAGGUUGAUCCCAAUGGUUUGAUUCAGUUUGAAGAUGGACGCAUGGCCAUCGAGCCAUCAUCCAAACUAGAUAGAUAUGUUAUAAUGACAGACCCAAACAACGGUGAAAAACUAGUUUUCGACAGACGAACAGGUAGUCAUAUCAAGGAUGCUGUGUACAGUGAAGAUGGGUUGAUUCGCUUUCCAGACGGUAGGCGCGUUGCACCAGGUUCCACUGAUAACAGCUCACAGUAUCUAAUUCACUUCGACCCUACAACGAAGGGGAACUUGGUUUUUGACAGACACACUGGUGAACAAGUCGAGGGUGCCUCAGUAGACUCACGAGGUUUCAUACUUCUUCCCGAUGGUAAAUUGCAUCUAGAUCAGAACCAAGUAAAGCAUAGGUACAUUAUCCUACAAGAGACAACCGAUAAUACCACAUUCGUAGUCGACACUAAAUCAGGCCAGAAAAUUGAUGGAGCAGUUGUUUUGGACAAUGGUCUCGUCAAGUUACCCGAUGGAAAUCUGGUUGCACCCAGCUCAAACACAAGCGCAAAUUACAUGGUGGUCGGAUUGACUGAGGGCGAAGAGAAUCCAGUAGUAUUCGAUCGCAGGACAGGUGAGCAAAUCCCAGAUGCUUACCUAGACAAGGAUGGUAUCAUACAUUUGCCGGAUGGAAGUUUGGCUAUCUCGGCAUCAGAAACUAUGGAUCGCUACCUUGUGGCACAAGAUAACCUGACAGGAGACCCUGUGAUGUUUGAUCGUCGCCUCGGAACAGAACUAGUAAAUGCCACGCUCCACCAUAAUGGAAUGAUCAAAUUAGCCACUGGACAGCUCGUAGCUCCCUCCUCUCGAGAAGGCUAUAAAUACAUGGUAGUCACAAAUGAAGACGACCAAACCCUUCUAGUUUACGAUCGUUUUACAGGAGAACAGAUCAAGGGUGCACAGGUUGAUCCCAAUGGUUUGAUUCAGUUUGAAGAUGGACGCAUGGCCAUCGAGCCAUCAUCCAAACUAGAUAGAUAUGUUAUAAUGACAGACCCAAACAACGGUGAAAAACUAGUUUUCGACAGACGAACAGGUAGUCAUAUCAAGGAUGCUGUGUACAGUGAAGAUGGGUUGAUUCGCUUUCCAGACGGUAGGCGCGUUGCACCAGGUUCCACUGAUAACAGCUCACAGUAUCUAAUUCACUUCGACCCUACAACGAAGGGGAACUUGGUUUUUGACAGACAUACUGGUGAGCAAGUUGAAGGUGCUUAUGUUGAUGAAUUGAAUAUGAUACAUCUUCCUGACGGUGAUUUAUUUCUUCAGCCUGAUAUUUUAUAUCCACGCUACAUGUCACUUUCUCGCAGCAGUGAUAAUUUUCCCGUGGUUUUGGAUUCUUCCACCGGUGAAAUUUUGAACGCAUCGUUCUUAGGUGGUUCUCUUUUCCGUGUAAAUGGUGGUGGAGUAAUCGCAGUCGGCAACUUAUCAGGUGGUCGUUUCGUUGUUUAUGAUGGUGUUGAUGUUGAAAUUCCACGUAUUUACGACACGUUGCUGGGUCACGCUGUACCAGGAGCUGUUCUUCGGCCUGAUGGUUGGAUUGAGUUUACGGAUGGCCUAGUCUUUCCUGUGCUUUCUUCUGUUCCUGUCGGUCAGCGCUAUUUUGUUUUUCGCAAUUCAUCCUCAGGGCAGGAAAUUGUUUAUGACGCUAUAUUAGGUUCAGCUGUUUCGGAUUCAUUUGUUGACGAAAACGGUCUCAUUCAUUUAACAAACGGAUCAAUUUUUAGUCCAAUCACUUAUAAUCACACUUCUUUUUUGUUUGACGAUCUUUCGGAACCUGCUUAUUCAUCAACACUUCGUGAACGUAAAAAUGCUUCUCUAUAUCAUAUUGUCUCAUUGAAUUCGACUACUAAAAUGGUUAGUUAUAUAAAACCACUGAUUUACAAUGUCUGUAAACUAAACUGUACGCACUUGGUUAUAUAGCUUACACUAAUCAUUUUUAAAACGCUUAUCAUAGAAAUGCUAAUAUAUCUAUGCUAAUGACCAUGUUUCUUAACUGCAUAUUUCAUCAGUUUUGUUUAUUGUUUUUCAUUGUGAUUGAAUUAUUUUUUAACCUAUUACCAACUACCAUUUCAAUAUCAUAAAAAUCUGCUUCCUAAAUUAUCUACUCACUAUGUUCAUCACUUCAAAACUUAGUAAAGUUUUCACUGAAUGAUCAUAAAUCUUACGCUUUCAACUCACCUCAGUAACUAAACUUUCAGUCAUUGUAAACUAAACCUAUUUUUAUUAGUUCAAUGGAAUCGUCUGCGUACAUCACUUCUGUAAAUAUAAACAUAGCUUAGAAAUUUUUGUGUAAUAGUAUACAUUUAACUAUCUGCAAAUUUUCCGAUUAUUUGAUAUGCAAACACAUUUGCACGAUGCUUGUUAAUAAAUUAAAUCCUUUCAUUUGUAUCUUUGCUAUGUAUGCACAUUUGAAAUUUAUAUUCACAAUUAAAAAUGUUUCUUUUUUCCUGAGGUUAUGCUGCACCCAUAAUUGAAUAAAAUGGAAAUAUCUAUCAAAUUAUUUUAGGGUAUUUAACGCAUAAUAAACUCUUUUCUCCCUUAUUCUUACAGCAACCUGAAGAAAUGGAUUUAAUUUCUCCUGAUAAAGUCGAAAAAAUAAUGAACGGCAGCUCAUGUGAAUGUAUCGAAGAUUUAUUCCGACGAGGUCUUUUGAGAUUGAAAGGAGAAAAGGGAGAUCGUGGUGAUGCAGGACCUAUGGGACCUGAAGGACCCCCUGGAACCUGUCCUGCAACUUGUGGAUCGAAUCUAUCGACUGUUAUACAAGGACCUAGAGGUGAUCCCGGUCCUCCUGGAGUUUGUACCAUUGAUCAAUGCAAAGAAGCUGCAAUACCCGGACCUCAAGGACCUCCAGGAGAAAAAGGAGAAAAAGGUGAUCCAGGAGAAGUAGAUCUUACAAAUGAUCAGUCGAUUUCAGUUAUUAAACAAGCCAUUCACGAUUUUAUAUUACAACCAGAAAUUCAAAAACAAUUUCGUGGUCCAAAAGGUGAUCCAGGUGAAUGUUCAUGUUUAAGUGAUGCAGCAGAUAAUUCUUCACCGAAAAAAUAUUCAAAUAAUGAAUUAAAUAAUUCAAAAAAUAAUCAUAAUACUAAUAGUAAUAAUAAUGGUGAAAUUUCAGGUUAUGGUGCAAUGGUCUUGAAUACUGAAAUGGAUUUAAGCAAAGUAUCACAUACUUUCCCUGUUGGUACAAUGGCUUAUAUUAAAGAAGCGGAUACAUUCUACUUAAAAACAAUAGAACAAACUAAUACAUGGCGUAUUAUAAAUUUGCUGUCGAAAGCAGAUGCAAUUAAUUUACCAAUUCCAAAACCAACACCAGCUCCUGUAUUUGAACCACAAUAUUAUCCAGUUCAUAAAGGGAAAAAGCUUUAUUUAAUUGCACAAAAUAAACCAUUACGUGGUGAUUUGAAAUACAAUGAUCGAAUAACUGGUGCACAUGCUGGUUCAAUUUUUGCAUGUCAACGUGCAGCAAAUCUUAAAGGUCUCGGAAGAGCAUUCUAUCCACUACUCAGUACAGAUAUGUUCAAUAUGGAUUAUGUUGUACCGCCAACAUAUAGAUAUGGUGUUCCUUUGGUUAAUUUAUAUGGUGAAAUUCUCUUUGAUGAUUUUAUGAGUCUUGUUGAAGGACGUUCAAAGCCACAAGCGAAAUUAUUGGAUUUUGAUGGUGUUGAUAUAACAGAUGAUAUUGUUGCACCAUGUUUAUGGAUUGGUCAAAAACCAAUUUAUUUAAAUGGUGAUUAUGAAUAUGCAGCUCAGUCAAAAUGUCGUAAUUGGCAGUCAACUUAUCCAGGUGAAAAUGGUUUAGCUGUGUCUUUACCAAUUGUUGACAAUGCACCAGGUUUAUUUUCUAAACAAAAUUUUAAAUUAAUAUCAUGUUCGAAAUUUUGUCGAAUGUUAUGCAUACAAAUCACACCAUCCAAUACGUAAUCAAUUAUAAUUAUUAUGAUAAUCAAUAUUCGAUUUAUGUAUCCGUAUACACUUAUUCCUGUUCUACAUCCAGAGACUUUUUAUCGAUUAAUAUACAUAUAUAUUGCUACUAAGUGAAUUAAACGUUUGUCAAUUUAAUGAGAUUUUCAAAAUAUUCAACAGCUUAAAACAAGUACAUAGUUGUUUGUUAUUCUCCUGAAUUUGUUCACUAUUCAAUACGAAACGAUACUACUCUUUUUUCAGUACAUACUAAUAUAACUUACUGAUUCCUUCAUCGUAAUUGAACACUUUCGAGUUUGUCGAUUUUAAUUUCAAUGUUGAAAUUCAACAGUCAAGCAUUUAUAUCCUCUCAUUUAUUGAAAAAAAAGAAAGAAUAAGAAACCGAUUGUUUUUUGUCAAAAUUUAUUUGUCUAUCUAUUUAUCUAUCGUUUUUGACACUUAAAUCCAACGUUUACAUAUACCUACGACAAAAAAGAACAGUUUUGAGUUUCAUUUGAGUUUUUCACCGACGCACCAAUACAUACACACAGAUACACAUGAAGCACAAUUUAUGAUUUUAAUGAUUUCAAUAUUUCUAUCAUUAUUAUUAUUACUCCAUAUGUUUGUCUUUUGUUCAAAAUUUUGUGGUAUAAUCUUUUCCUCAUCUGCAUGAAUCACUAUUUCUAUGCAACCAAUUGGAACAACUGAGGAAUUAAUAAUUAGCUUUUGUGCAAUUAAUUUUGUGUGAAAGUGAAACAGAAUUAUCUGGUCAAUUUACAUUGGUUUUGUUACUUACUUAUAUUAAUUGUGUGCAAAUUUUAUGUUGGAACAGUUAAAUAUGUAAUGCACUAGAAUAAUGGAAAUAUAGACAUAUAUUUUAUACGUGAUAUAAAUUUGUAAUUUAUUUUACGCUAAAAAGAAAUAAUACUAA